CAAACAUUAUAAAAAGUCAAAAGCUAAAGUGACCAUAUGCAUGCACCUAAAGUCCUUGUGUCUGCACUCUCUCUCUCUCUCUCUGUCACUCUCACUCUCUAGCUACCAUGGUGAAGGUAGAGGAAGAGAAAUUAGGUCCUGUGGAAGGGACAGAGGGUUAUGCAAAGAUAGAGGAAGAGAAAGGUGCUGUGAAUGGAAGAGAGGAUUACACACAAGAUGGGACUGUGGAUCUCAAGGGUAGACCUGUCCUCAGAUCAAAAACUGGGAGAUGGACUGCCUGUUCCUUCAUUGUUGGGUAUGAAGUGUUUGAAAGGAUGGCAUAUUAUGGGAUAGCAUCAAACCUAGUGUUGUAUUUGACAAGGAAGCUGCAUGAAGGCACUGUCAAAUCUGCUAACAAUGUCACCAACUGGAUCGGCACUGUUUGGAUGAUGCCUCUUCUCGGUGCCUACAUCGCGGACUCUCAUCUUGGCCGGUUCUGGACUUUCAUCAUUGCCUCUGGGAUUUACCUUCUGGGAAUGUGCUUAUUGACUUUAGCAGUUUCACUGCCAACCCUGAGACCACCAUCAUGCGACAAGAGUGUGAAUGAACUGGACUGCGACAAACGGGCCUCAAACUUCCAAGUGGGCUUUUUCUACUGUGCCCUAUACAUAAUAGCCCUGGGAACAGGCGGUACCAAGCCCAACAUCUCCACCAUGGGCGCAGACCAGUUCGAUGAUUUCGAGCCCAAGGAGAGGGCCCAAAAGCUCUCCUUCUUCAACUGGUGGAUGUUCGGCAUAUUCUUUGGAACCCUCUUCUCCAACACUUUCUUGAUCUAUAUACAGGACAAUGUGGGCUGGGCUGUGGGCUAUAGCCUGCCAACACUGGGCCUUGGAGUGUCCAUAGUGGUGUUCUUGGUGGGCACACCUUAUUAUAGACAUAAAGCCACUUCCGGGAGUCCAUUGACUAGCGUAGCAAGGGUACUAGUGGCUGCAAUGAGGAAGAGGAAAGAGGCUGUCCCAAACGACUCAAAAGAGCUUUAUGAGGUGAGCUUGGAUGAGUAUAACAGCUCUGGUAAGUUCAGAAUUGACCACACCCCCUCAUUAAGACUUCUCGACAAAGCAGCAAUAAAAACAGGACCAAGUUCGCCGUGGAACCUAUGUUCAGUGACCCAAGUUGAAGAAGCCAAGCAAAUGAUCAAAAUGAUUCCAAUCCUGUGUGCAACAUUCAUUCCAAGCACCAUCGUAGCACAGACACACACACUCUUCAUCAAGCAAGGCACCACCCUUAAGAGGCAUAUAGGUCCCCAUUUCGAAAUCCCCCCUGCCUGUCUCAGCGCAUUCGUCACAAUCUUCAUGUUAGUCACCAUCGUCCUCUAUGACCGCUUCUUCGUCCCCACAAUACGAAAAUUCACAAAAAACCCAAGAGGAAUCACAUUGUUGCAGAGGCUUGGGAUCGGCUUAGUCCUUCACACUAUCAUCAUGGUUGUUUCUAGUUUGGCAGAGAUGAAAAGACUUAGCGUCGCAAAAGCACAUGGGAUUACUGGGAAACACGAAAUUGUCCCUCUUAGUGUUUUCAUUCUUUUACCUCAGUUUGCACUCAUGGGGAUCGCGGAUAACUUUGAGAUCGCGAAGCUUGAGUUUUUCUAUGAUCAGGCACCUGAUGGGAUGAAGAGCCUUGGCACUGCUUAUUUUACAACUAGUUUGGGAAUUGGGUAUUUUCUCAGUAGUUUUAUUGUGUCUACUGUGGCUGAUGUUACUAAGAGAAAUGGCCACCAGGGUUGGAUUUUGGACAAUCUCAAUCUCUCGCGUUUGGACUAUUUUUAUGCGUUUUUUGCUGUGCUGAGCUUCCUCAACUUUCUGUUCUUUCUGGUUGUGUCGAAGUUCUUUGUUUAUAAUGCAUACAUGGACAGGGAAGACAGGAGAGAGUUGCAGGAAGCCAUUGUGAGCUCACCGAACUUCUACUCAAAAUAAGAUUUCUUGUGGGUUGGUUUUGAUUCUUGGAAUCAAAUACAAGAUGUUGAGAUACUCGCAUUGUGAUUUGUGAACUUCAUAUUGUUUUCAUACUUGGCAACUAUGUACAGUGUGAAAGCUCUGCUUGCUGGCUGCUGUCGUAAAGAAAUUAUCAAACAUUUAUUGGGCCUGUUUGGAUGUAAGAUUUUUAAGAAUAUACAUGAGAAUUCCAACAAAUAUGCUUCACAAAUGCAUGUUUGACAGGAUUGAAAUUUGAUGGA